AUGGCGAGCCCAGCGAACCUCCCUCCGAUCUUCAACCCUACGUCCCAGGACAUUGAAAUGCUCCUGGCCGCACAAUGUCACUUGGGAUCUAAGAACCUCCAGGUUCACAUGGAACCAUACCUGUGGAAGACUCGUCCUGAUGGCAUCAACGUGAUCAACAUCUCCAAGACCUGGGAGAAGAUUGUCCUCGCAGCCCGCAUCAUUGCCGCAGUUGACAACCCAGCUGAUAUCUGUGUCAUCUCUGCCCGUCCCUACGGCCAGCGUGCUGUUCUUAAGUUCGCCGCACACACCGGAGCCGUCGCCAUCGCCGGUCGUUUCACCCCAGGUAACUUUACCAACUACAUCACCCGCUCGUUCAAGGAGCCUCGCCUGAUCGUCGUGACGGAUCCUCGCACCGACGCUCAAGCCAUCAAAGAAGCCUCCUAUGUGAACAUCCCCGUCAUUGCCCUCUGCGAUACCGAUUCUCCCACUGAAUUCGUCGACGUUGCCAUCCCCACCAACAACAAGGGUCGUCACGCCAUCGGUUUGAUCUGGUGGUUAUUGGCUCGUGAGGUUCUCCGUCUGCGAGGCACCCUCGCCAACCGUGAGGUUGAAUGGGACGUCGUGGUCGAUCUGUACUUUUACCGUGACCCUGAAGCCGAGGAACAGAAGGAAGAGGAGAAAUUGCCUGGUGCAGAAGAGGCGGGUCCUGGUGCUGUUGACCGUGGAUUCACAGACAAUGCGGAUUGGACGGGAGAGCCUGGGACGGCCCCAGGUAUCGAGGGUGCUCCCCAGGCCGAUGCCAACUGGAAUGACCCAAGUACUGGUGGAGACUGGGCCCAGGAAGCAAAUACCGGUGCCAGCGGCUGGUAA